UAUAACGGGCACAGUAUCUGAACACACUGCACCUAGAAGACAGACCUUCUUUAACUCACCAACGGAAGAAACGCUGAAGAAGUUAAGACUUCUAACUGAAGAUCAUGUCUCUGAUGCUACUGCUGGUGUUGGUGUGCCAAACCAUGGCGUCACCUCGACUCUCAGCAUCAGACCCCUGUGUUCUAGAACUAGAGGAGUUGAGACGUGAUGUCCGUAUUCUGGAGAACAAACUGUUGAUCGGAGUGUGGCAGCUCAACCAUGUCAAGACACACAGCUACAUCAUCACCCCCCCACUACCCAGUAACUCUACCUUCAACCUAACAGAGGAAUACAGGACAGGAGCCUCUCUGCCUCCAGCAGGAAGCCUCAUCGUACAUGACAAGGACUGCUCUGAGCUGUAUGACAGACAGAGGCCAGACUCCGGGUUUUACCGGAUCAGACCUAGAGUGGAUCAGGAGCCGGUCCUAGUCUUCUGUGACAUGGAAGAUGGAGGGGGAUGGACUGUUAUACAGCGACGAAGACAUGGCAGGGUUGACUUCAACAGAGACUGGGUGGACUACAGAGACGGGUUUGGAGACUUUAAGCUGUGGAACGAUGAAUUCUGGCUGGGCAACGAACACAUCCAUUCUCUGGUGAAGGAAGGUGAGAACCUGGUGAAGAUAGAUCUGAUGGACUGGAGCGGAGCCAAGACUCAUACCUACUACCAGAACUUCAGGAUCACAGAUGAGAAGGAUAGCUAUCGUCUAUGGUACGGUGUGCAUAGCGGUCGUGGAGGAGAUGCUUUAUCAGGAGGAAGGGGGAUGGUGGAGCAGUGGUCUUCCUCUCUCAGUGGGAUGCAGUUCAGCACCAGAGACCAGGACCAUGACCGCUACCUACAGGGCAGCUGUGCCCAGGAGAACAGAGGAGGCUGGUGGUACAACAGGUGUCAUGCAGCCAACCUGAAUGGGAAGUUCUACCGCGGCGGAGUCUACAAUGGUCUCUAUGACAACGGUGUGGUGUGGGGCACCUGGAGAGGCCUGUGGUACUCCCUCCGACACACCACCAUCAAAAUACGGCCCCUGCUCUCCCUGGACAGCCUGGCAGGCAGCGGAGCAGGGCCAGAUGGGUAGAGGGUCCAGGAAAUACUGAGGCUUCAGCCAGCGCUAGGCCUCAACACAUGGAGCCAGUCAACCACCGAAUCACCUGCAGUAGAAAGUAUUAGGGGCUUUAAAAAACAUUAUUUUAAAAAUAUAUUUUCAUUUAUUAUUUGUUAUUUUCCAAAUCUUUUGUCAAAUUCUUUGUAAAUAUAUAAAAUGUUAAUGAGGCUUUGUCUUCCCAGUUUCAUAGUAUUGUUGACACAUUAAGGUCACAGCAGGGGAAUGAUGUAGUUCAGACGUAUAUGUUUUGAACUAAAUGCAAUUCUGCAAUAAUAAUAAAUGAGAGUUAUA